AUGUCCUUCUUCCAGGACCGAUACUCUGGCAUGUACCUGCCGUCUAUCGGCGGGUUCGAGACUUCCCCAAGAAGUCGUAGUCGUCCGCUAUCCGGGGGUUCAUCUGACCCGUCGGCACAUCUCAACCCAAUUUUUACGUCCAUGGAAACAGGCGAGAGGACGCCAGCGUCCAAUAGGACACCGCCUCUGAAUCCGUCCUCGCCCCCUUCUUCACGCAAUCUCGCAAGAGCUCGCUCUAACGGGACAGGUGGAUCUUUUGAAACAGGACUAGGAUCUGGCUCUCCGCCGUCAAGUCUCGACCCAGACUCAGGUCUCUCUGGAAGUCCUCGAUCAGCGAUGCCUCCACGCACCUGGUAUCCUCCAACCUCAGCAUACUCGGCGGCUCGAGCACGGCAUGCUCAAAGUCGCUUGAACGCCGAUCUCUCUGAGCCAUCUAGCGAGGAAGAGGCAGAUUUAGAUCCAUUCGAGUCAGACGUGAACGCUCUGCUCAUGCUGGAAAGCAUGCCAAAUCUGCACGCUUCGGAAGAAGAGCGCAUACGCGCACAACAGAUCAUGAGGGGUGCUCUAUCCUCCCGGCGCGUUGCUUCUGGGAAGGCCCUGGCGGCACUGGAGCGUGUCAACAUUCCUGAUCUGCCUGAUAACGAGAGAACGUGCGUCAUUUGCUACAACGAUUACGGCGUGCAAACACCGGAGGGAAUCAGCGAGGUGCCGUUGAGGUUACCCAAAUGCAAGCACAUAUUCGGAGACCAUUGCAUCAAGAAAUGGUUCGAGGAGAACGACACGUGCCCGUACUGCAGGGACAAAGUGCCCUCGCAACCACAGUUCCACUACGGCAACCGCCAAAAUAUGACACAGUUUCUUCGAGCACAACAUCUCCGUGCGCGCAACCCCUUGCAAGACACAGCUGGUGGUUCACUGCAGGCCUUACUUCGAUACCGCCCUGGAGCACCCGCUGGUGACAGCUUUCUCGGGCCGUCUGAUUCAUUUGUGCGGCGGGCAGACAACUACCGAUCCUCAGCGUGGAACAGCCGCCCACGAUCGCCUCCAACCGACGUGUACGAGUCCCGUCGUAGGACACGAGCCAGGCACGGUGGUCUUCGUGGGUCACCGCCAAUUGGCCGCCCAUCAUCCUACAGCGCGGGGCUGGUCAACAUCGCACCUCAUGCCACGCAGCAAAGCCACGCCUCAAAUCGGCUCCAUUUCCAUGGACAAUCCCAUCGCCACCAAGGGAGUCUCCCAACUUUGAACCACACACUGAGCGGGCCGGGCGUGGAACACGCCCCCUACCUACUUGAGCACUUGCUGCGACCAGUCACGGCCAGCACGACCGACUACUCUCCUCCAGUCACGACCAUGGGCAUGCCGUCGACCUUGCGCGAUGGCUCAGCCCCUCGAACUGGACCCUUACAUAGCUCGACCGCUUCCGUCACGCCUUUGUCACCCACAAUUUCCGGGCCGGAGAUGAGCAUGAAUGGGCAAAAUUAA